CAUCAUCAUCAGUGAGUUCAGAUGUCUGUCCGGUCCCCGGUGAUGAAGCUCACACCGCCCGGCGCCGGCUGCUCCAGGCGGGCAGACUGAACCCGUCUCCGCACCCGGACUCUGUCAUGUAACGGUACCGGAGGAUCUUCACGCCGCGCGGCUCCUUCUAGACCCCAAACAUGCUGACAGACAUGAUCGUGGAGGAAGAAUUUGAGAUCAAGGAGGAGGAACCGUGGUACGACAAGCAAGACCUUGAGCAUGACCUGCAGUUGGCAGCCGAGCUCGGGAAGACUCUCCUGGAGAGGAACCGGGAGCUGGAGCAGGGCCUGCAGCAGAUGUACUCCAACAACCAGGAACAACUGCAAGAGAUCGAGUACCUGACAAAGCAGGUGGACCUCCUCAGGCAGGUCAACGACCAGCAUGCUAAGGUGUACGAGCAGCUGGACGUGUCGGCCAGAGAGCUGGAACAGAACAACCACAAACUGUCUCUGGACAACAGGACGGCCCAGCAGAAGAUCCAGGGGCUGACAGAAACCGUGGAGCUGCUGCAGACGCAGGUGGAGGAGCUGCAACAUCAGGUUGAAGACAUGAAGUUGAGUCCUUCUCAGCCUCAGAAGCCUCCGCACAGAGAGAUGUGGUCACCUCGCGGCACUCAGAGCGUGUCCUGCCUGAAAGAGCUGCAAAACAGGUAUUCUGAAUACGACCCAGAUGAACCCUCAGACCCGGAGUCCUCUGACGUGUCGUGGCGCGAGGAGGAGCAGGCGUCCCUGCGACAGUCCCUCCGCACCCUCCAGACCCAGUUUGCCAGCGAGCGCGCUCGGAGGGAGGAGGCGGAGCGAGAGGCGGAGCUGCUCGCCGGUGAGAACGCAGCGCUGGAGCAGCAGCUGGCGGGGAUGAAGGCGUGUCAGGAACGAGUGUCUGAGCUGGAGCGUGAGGCCGAGGAGCUGCGUCAGCUCUGGAAAUCAGAGUCCUCCACAAGAUCCACCAGGUCCAACCUGCUGCACGGGCUGCUGUCUGACUCGAUGCUCCUCAACCCGGAGGAGGAGAACGAAGGGGAGGCGGCAGCUAAAAGCCCCCGGGCCCUGAAGCGAUGGGACAGCGAGCGUCUGAUAAAGUUGACGCAGAUACCCGACUCUCCCGACAGGAUCUACGACCACGAGUGUUCCUGCGUGCGCCGAGCCGAGGUGGUGAAGUAUCGCGGGAUCUCCCUGCUCAACGAGGUGGAUGCCCAGUACAGUGCCUUGCAGGUGAAGUACGAUGAGCUGCUGCGCCGCUUCCACCUGGGGCUGCAGGACGAGGAGGAGGAGGAGGAGCAGGACGGGCAGACCCACAAGUCCGUCCAGACCGCAUCCCUCGCCUCCGCUUGUCCAGCUCUAGCAGACAUGGAGGACUUUGAGGAUGACUUUCACCAGCCGGAGUACAAGGAACUUUUUAGGGAAAUUUUCUCCCGCAUUCAGAAAACCAAAGAGGACCUGAUUGAAAACAGAGGGAGACCCUCGGCUGGUGGAGUGAUGCCUAUUUUGCAUUAGUUACUUUUUAAAAAAAAAAAAAAAGAAAGGAAAAACAGACCUGCUGCGAGAUUAAUCAUCGUCUUCCAGUUACAGAGGAAACUUCGGAAAGACCUUCACAGCAGAGAAAGAUGCUAACUUACUCUUAACUGUAUGUUAUUUGCCCAGAAAUGGUAAUUUGUUAUGCAAAAAAAAAAAAAAAAGGGUUUGAGAGAUACGAGUGAUGCAGGAACAAGAAGGCCAAAACACCACCAGCUCACGUCUCAGAUGCACAGAAACACCAGUGCCUAACGCCGCCGUCUCCACUGUACAAUCACUCUACCUCAUCGAAACAAGCUCCUGAGGAAUAAUAUCUGGGGAAUAAUCUAGUUUUCUUUUCAUAAGCUGUAUCUGUCACACUUUUAUUUUACAGGGCUCGUAGUUUCCUAUAAUUUCUAAGAAAAAUACUGACAUGUAACUGUCAUGUUGGGAAGGUUCCUGGAAAGGAUGUAAAUUGGGACCAGUUAUAUAGAAAAUAGGUACACUUUCUAUUAAAUAAAUCCAAUUAAUUGUUUGAAAGAUUGCAAUUAACAUUUGAUUCAUCUGCUGAUUAUUUUAAUUGUAUAGUCUGUAAAAUGUCAGAGAAUAGUGUAAAAAGUCCUUUUCCCAGAGCACAAGGUAUUUGUACGAUUAAGAAAACCAGCAAAUGUUCACAUUUGAGGAGCUGGAACACAUGAUUUGUGUGUAUGCUUGUCUUAAAUGGUUAAUUCAUUAAUUAUCUUGUAAUUGCUGCUUAAUUUUCUGUCGAUCGACCAAUCGUUGUAGCUGUAACUGCAACUUAAACCUAAAUUCAAUUAUACAGUUGCAUAACAAUUUAAUAUAUAUAUGUAGAAUAAAAUGUCCUUAUUUCAAGUAAUUCAUCUGGAAAUCAACUACUGCUUAUAAACUCAACUAAUACGGUUGUUUUCUUUGUAAUUUGUACCAAAUUACACAUCUCUUUCCAGGAAACUUUCUAUAAAAUUAUUAGAAAAUAGGUCUGUUAGGUCUGUAAAAUAAAGUGCUAUCUGCUGUAACUGCUAUUUGCUUUGUUUACUGAGCUCCUAUGAUCUAAUGUGAACUCUUUAAUUUUUUUUUUCCUUGCAACUAUUUAAAAAAAAGUUUUUUUUUUUGGGAAUAGUUUUGCCUGCCUAUAAGGGCGACCAAUAUAGCGUGUAAUGGUAUAUUGGUGAGUAGCUGGUGAUUCAAGGUGCUCAAAAAUAUUAGGAUUAUUGAAAUUGUAACAUCUCUCUAUGAAAUUAUACUUGAUUAUUGUAUGUUAGGUUAGGUGAAUGUGAGUGAAUGUUUAUAUUUAAGGGAAGUUCUGAGGUUUACCAAAAUAUUAACUCUCUCUAUGUACUUGAUCAUGUAACGGCCUCCUGAUAUAUUAGCCAGUUGUUUCAUGAAGCCAUGUAUGAUUGGAAGCUUUUUCCACAGCAGCAGUUCUGUGUUGCUUUUUGCUGCCUGAUGUAAUUCUUGUGUCCUUGUUAAGCUUAAAACUGUGCACAUAGUUUGUAGAUAUCUAAAAAAAAAAAAUCACAUUGAAAUGCACUUUAGUAUUGCACAGGCAUUAUCAAUGCUCCCCUGACACUUUAUAAUACUGUCAUAUGUAGUUAAAGUGUGACGUGCUACUGUUUCAAUCUUCUAAAUCUGAAUAACCUGCUGAAUGUAUGUACGCUGAGUUUUUACCUGUUUCAUGGUUGGACCUCUUGCUCUGAGCCAUAAAACAUGACGUAAGCUGAGAUGGCAAGUUUGUGUCUUUUUAUUUGCUUAGUCGCUGCAUUGUGAAAUGGUGAUUGAACCAUAUUUAUUGAGUCAGUGUCACAAUUAAACCUGAACAUCAUAAAUCUCUGAUACACUU